AUGCAAUUCGCUUUACCACCCCGGAAAUCCUCCCAUACUCCCCCUUAUGCUCCUCGUUCCUCUCGAUUCUCCCUCCAGCGUCGCCGACAGCUGAAGACCAUUGCCCUCGCUGGUUUCGCAUUUGUGUCGAUUCUUUUUAUUCUUUCGCGCAUCUUUUCGUCCUCGUCGGGCCGCGCCACAUCUGCGGUUCCAUCGGGAACUCCGAAUGUUGUUCUCGUGACAGCUCUGGAUCACGAGCUGUUGAGCGACAGCUAUAUUCAGAAGAUUAAGAGGAAUCGGGAGGAUUAUGCUGCCCGACAUGGCUACGCCACCUUCUUCGCGAAUACGCAGGAUUAUUUAUACGCCCUGAAUAACGCACCCCGAAGCUGGACGACUGUGCCAGCGGUGCGGCAUGCCAUGACCACGUAUCCUCAUUCCACCUACUUCUUCUACCUCAGCCCACACGCCUUGAUCAUGAACCCGCGGAUUUCCCUCACGUCGCAUGUCAUGGACAACAAGCGGCUCGAAUCGCUGAUGCUGAAGGACAUCCCCGUCGUGCCUCCGGACAGCGUGAUCAAGACCUUUUCCCAUUUGAAGGGCAACGAUGUCGAACUCGUCCUCUCCCAGGACGCGGAGGAUUUGAGUUCGGGGAGCUUCAUCAUCAAGCAAGGGGACUGGGCGCGCUUCUUUCUAGACGUCUGGUUCGACCCGUUGUAUCGAAGUUAUAAUUUCGCAAAGGCGGAGAAACAUGCAUUGGACCACAUCGUGCAAUGGCAUCCGACUAUUCUCACCAAGCUGGCCCUUGUGCCUCAGCGGAUCUUCAACUCCUACAGCCCGGGAUCCCCCGCCUCAACUUCCAACAGCACCUACCAGGAAGGGGACUUUGUCAUCCACUUCGCCGCGUGUGAUAACGAUAUCACUCUGAACUGCGAACAGGAGAUGCUACCGUAUUACAACAAGUGGCAUGAGUCAUACGGUCAGAAAGCAGCCUGA